AUACUCGAUGUGUUAGGAACGCAUUGACCACAAAAACUCGAUAGUAGACUGUACAAAGAUUUUAAAAACUACACAAAAACACACGAACAGGAAUUUCGCGGUCGUGAAAUACCGCUUUCUGUAUAACAGACGUAUAACGGUUCAACUGUCAAUCUCCGCGCACGCAAACCCUGUUGCUGUGUCUACGAUUUCGCGGUCUUUCUUAAUUGUUUACAAUUUGGCACGGCAAACAGCUCGUAGCGUGGAAUAGAAUUGCAUGAGAUUUACACUAACUGACACAAAAAUGGAUACCAAACCUGCACCGAAGAACCAAAAGAAGGAACAAUUGGAAGUAAAGGUGUUAGACGAGGGACUCACACCCUCUACUGGACCGUCCAGCGUGCCGUCACCACAGCGUGUACCAUCACCGCAACCUGGACGGUCAGGGUAUCCCGCAUCUCCUCGUCCAAACAUUGCACCCAAUGUAACGGCAAGGGCAAUCAAGCGGCGUAGGCUAAUAGUCAGUCGUGCUCUCCACGAGGAACUGAUGGAAUCGUUGCGGGCGUUUCAAAGUGCCACAACAGAGAUGCUUAACCGAUUGAAACGACCAACUGACCCAGUCGAUGCUGAGCUGUCGGGGAUGAGCCACGUGAUCCGGAAUUGGUCACCAGAACGUCGCAGACGGUGUUUGAUACGGAUGCAAAGAAUAGUUAUCGAGGAGGAAGCAGAUCAUUUCGAAAAAAACUUUGGACGGAAAAUCGGCGAAGUGAAAAAGGUUACCUAGAGCAGUACUUUCUUCGGAUCUGAUAUUAUUUCAUUUGAAUUUAAUUGCGUUAUUAAUAAUAUGCAACUUUUGUGAUUUUGAAUGUAAUAGAACUAAACUAAACGAUAUCCUUGAAAUAUAUAUAAAUGAAAUACAAAA